AUGGAAUUUCAGAAGGAUUUACAAUGCUCCAUUUGCCUGGAAGUUUUCCAUUCUCCAGUGACCACAGAUUGUGGCCACAGUUUCUGCAGUGACUGUAUCUCAAAAUACUGGGACCGAGAGAGCAAUGGCACCUACAGCUGCCCAGAAUGUAGACAUAACUUCUCCAGAAGACCUCAGCUGUCCAAAAAUAUCCGCCUGUGCCGGAUCAGUGAAGCCUGGAAACAAGAGAGAAACCGGAGAAAUCCUGGAGUGAGUCACGAUCCCAGUCCUGGAAUGAGUUGCGAUCCCAGUCCUGGAAUGAGUUGCGAUCCUAGUCCUGGAGUGAGUCGUGAUUGCUAUUUGGAUCUGGGGAGGUUUUGCCAGGUACACCACAGGGAGCUGAAACUGUACUGUCACACAGAGGGAGUCGCUUUGUGCAAUUUGUGCAACCUGCAAGAUCAUCAAACACACCAGGUUGGGCAGCUGGAGGAGGAGACAGAGCGAGCACAGGAGUUAAUAAUGAAGCGACAGGCAUUGGUGGAUUUACAGCAUCAAGCAACAGUCGAUGAGCUGUCAACCUGGAAGGAUACAAUUACCUUGCACCAGGGCUGGCUGCAACAAAUACGUCAGGAGAUCGAUGAGCAAUUUGAAAAGCUGUUGCCGUUAGUGAGGAAAACCCAGGAGGAGCUCCGGGUUUUCCUGCAGCGUUCUGAGAAUGAGUACUUCCACCAGGCUGAAUCAUUUCGGAAACAUCUCGAGGACAAGCUUCUCCACCUGAGACGUGAGCAGCAUGAUCUGCAGACACUACUGCAGGAGCACAGACCCAUCCCAUUCCUGCAGGGAUCAGAAACAUUGAAGAAGAGUCCAGACAGUCCCUUGGAACUAGCCAACCAGCCAGAAGUCCCAAAGCACCUGAGUCAACUUAGCACAGCAACAAAAGUGUUGUCAGAUUUGCUCAAGGAUCAACUUGAGGCCUUCACUCAGCUUAACAUUCCGACCAGAGAAUUCCCAGGUCAGAGUGACAGCCAGGUUCACGCUUCAGGGAACCAGCCAACCGCACACAGCAUUUCUACAGCAGUUAGCAACGCUCCUUCUGGCUCUCCCCAAGGUGGUGCUGACGCAGUGACUCUGUUUGUAUCCAGCCCCAUCCAGAGGCAUCAAACCCCACCACAAACCAGGCAGGAUCUCCUGCAAUACUUAAGUGUGGUGACCUUUGACCCAAACACAGCAUCGGAUUGGCUGCUACUUUCAGAUGAUCUGAAACUUGUGACCAACACGCAUCCUAAGAACCAGAAUUAUCCCAAACACACGGACAGAUUCACUCGGCAGCACCAGGUGCUGGCAAUCCAGGAGUUUGCAGCUGGCAUCCAUUACUGGGAAGUGUCGGUUUCUGGGUGCUCGGCCCGUGUCGGUGUAGCUUAUCGCCAGAUCAAUCGGACUGACCGUGGCUCUGCCUCUAUCCUCGGGGGGAAUGAGGUCUCCUGGUGCCUGGAGCUGGACCAGGGCAGUGGGAUAGCCUGGCACAAUCACAGGAAUACUGAUCCAGUGCCUGUCCCGUACCAGUGUCUUGGCCUCCUGCUGGAUUUUCCCUGUCAGACCUUGUCUUUUUAUGGAAUCCGCGACCAUGCAAUCCUGCUCCUACACCAAUUCAAGACUAGCUUCACCCAGUCCCUGCUUCCGGCUUUCCAAAUCAGCCGGCAGACCAGGAUUCAGAUUGAGAACAAGACUCCCAAACUAGAAAGACAGAUCCCAAUUGGAAACAGAUCCUGAUUCUCAGGAUCCCAGUUGAAAAAUGGUCCAGACUCUCAGGGUCCCACUCAGAAAUAGAUCCCGAACCUCAGUGUCCCAAUUGUAAAUAGAUUAUGAACCUCAAAAUCCCAAUCAGAAAUAGGUCCUGACUGUCAGGAUCCUGGCCAGAAAUAGAUCUAGAACCUCAGGAUCCCAAUCAGAAAUAGAUUCUUAUCACUGUGAUCCAGAUCAGGAACAUGAACCUGACAUGUAUUUUUUGGAGCAUUAUUCUGUUCAGUGGCAUCUGACAGAAAGAGAGAAUGUGGAGGGGAGGAGAGCUUUACAGUGAGACUGAAGGAAACAGUUAAAUGGAGAGGGGGAGGACCAGGAGCAAUGAGGGAGGAAGAGGAGAGUCACGUUCCCCUCAUUGAAGGGAGCAGGUUUCAGGAGCAAGAACCUGAACAAGUGGCUGUGGGGUUACCCCAUCUGCCCUGUGCUUCUGCAGGAAGGUAAAAUGAGAACUUGGCUAAAGCACAGAGAGUACAUUGAGGGACAGGCGCUGUCCACAAACUGAACCAUAAAGAAAGAUCCAAUCAGCUGCGAAACAGCAGCCCUGUCCGAACACUGGGGCUCUGUAUUCCUAGUGAAGAGCUUGUCACUGAUCAGGAAUGAUAAUCUAGACCAUCACUCAGGUGCUGGUUGUGUUUACAAACCCACUUUGGGAAAGUCCAAUUUACAGCAGUCAGAACUACAAAAUAACCACCGCUGCUUCAAAACAAAUUCUCAUUUCCCCUCAGCUUAUUUCACUGAUAAUCACCACUUCCUCCUCAUUCACUCUAUUGUGUGAUUUUGAACUGAUUUAUAGAGUCACAAUUACCUUCUUUGUUCUUCACCAACGUGCUUUCAGCCAACGUGUGACUCUCUGCUGUAUCUGUCCUCAGGAACGUGCCCGAGCACAGUAUCAGAAACAGAGACAUUACCUUACACUCAGGCUGUUAAAUAUUAAGCACACAUCAAAACGCAUAAACGCAGUGUUAAUAAAUGACAAACCACUGAGCCAGGUUUCACUUUGAUACAGUCAAACACACUAUGAAACACGGAGCUGUUGUACCUGUAAGCACAAACAUAAGGGGACAAAAUGUUUAAAAUGUAUACCAAAGUGUUUUGAGUGCUGUGAGAGAGUGACUCAAAUUGCUGCCUUCAACUUUACAAGAUAAACCUUUAAUAUCACUGCAAGCUUUUGUGAAAAUGUCAAUAACAAGAGACUUGGAUGUUGUUUAUUCACUCACAGGGUAUAGGCAUCACUAGCUGGGCAUUUAUUGCCUGCCCCUAAUUGUGCAGAGGGCAGUUACAAAUCAACCACAUUACUGAGAGUCUGGAGUCACAUGUAGACCAGACCAGGGGUAAAGAUAGCAAUUUGCGUCCCUAAAGGACAUCAGUGAACAAAUUGGUUUUUCUGACACUUGGCAAUGGAUUCAUGCUCUCCAAUAGACUGUUAAUUCCAGAUUUUUACUGAAUGCAAAUUCCACCAUCUGCCAAUCUGAACCCAGGUCCCUGAAUUAAUAGUCUAACAAUGUUCCUCCUUAGCUAUCAAUCCACGUGCCCCUAGGUUGUUUAAUUCUCCUUUGGUCAUAAAAUGGGAGAGAGAGAGAGAGAGAGAGCUGGAAAGAAGGCCAUAUUAAAUAACUCUCAGAAUUAGGACAAUGAAAAAAAGGGUCUGAUGGUAUCUGUAUUUGUAAAUUACUGUAGGAAGUUUAUACAGACACAAAUUGCCAAAGUAGGCUGCUGUGGUUUCAGCAAUAAAUUGGAGUGCUUCACUGAAUAAUUUUAGCUCAAUUUGGAUUUUGAUUGGACAGUUAUAUUGGUGUUAAUGAAAGAUCCAACCCUCACUGGAUUUGAUUGUAACAUGUGGACCGUAACAGAUUAUAACACGUGUAUUGUUUUGUCCAGACUUUAGAAAUAUAGUCAUGCUUAAUUUCAGCUUGGAAUGUUUCAUUAUUUCUUGUGGUUCUUUUUCCUGACCAAUAGGAUAAGCUGUCAGAGGUAGAAGAGUGGAUCAGAAUGGUCCAGGGACUGCUCCAGCUGGGGGUGGUCUCUGUGCUCUUCCACACAUGAAUGUUACAGCCCAACAAUAAAGCUCCAAGUGCCAAAACUCCGUAACAGACACAGGGAACCAAACUAAUGUAUUACCAGCUGCAGAAAUGCUGCUGCCAUAGUUCCACACCUUUCAGCACUGGCUCCGAACACUUCCUCCAAACCUCCUGUGGAGAGCAGUUACAUUCUCUUAGAAUUUAUCACAACAGUAAAGAAGCAAAUCCACUCUCUUAUGUGGUAAACCAGGUCAUAAUUCCAGAGCUC